CCUGAUCAGGUGGUAGGUGACAGCCCUGUGCAUGGACCCCUACACUUCCCAGUAAUCCCCGUCAAACUGGCCUCCCCCGGGCUACCACACAGCCAGCCGCCACUGCCUGCUCCCCCCAGCCCAGGCCUGGACCCCCCUCAGCACUCAGACCCCCAAGAGCUCCACUCGAGCCAUGCCAGCCAGGUUGAGGAGGAUGAGGGACCCCUGUUCUUCACUGUAACCAGCAACGAGGAAGGCAGGGCCUUCCACGAUGUCUCCACCCUCACAGACGUGUGUAACAGUGAGAACGUCCCAGAGGUGGAGAUUAUCAGCUUGCUGGAGGAGAGGCUUCCGAGCUACACUCUGCGGGCAGACUGCCUGUUCGGCUAUGAGCAUGAUGACUGGCUGCACAGCCCCCUGCUGCCCCCAGAGGCAGGACUGCAGCUCACCGCAGAGCAGAUCGAGGAGACCCUCAAAUACUUCCUUUUGUGUUCCGAGAGGGUUGGCCAAGUGACGAAAACAUACCAUGACAUCGACGCAGUGACGCAGCUGUUGGAUGAGAAAGAGCGUGAUCUGGAAUUGGCGGCCCGUAUCGGUCAGUCUCUCCUGAAACAGAACCGCUCCCUGUCUGAGAGGAACGAGUGUCUGGAAGAACAGCUUGGCCUGACCAAAGAGGAGAAUUCUCAGUUGCGGCAUGAAGUCCAGAUGAGAGAGGACCUCCUGCAGCUGUACACCAACAGUGCGGAGGACAGCGAGACCUGCUCUGAGACAUCCACACCACUGAUACACAACGAAUCGACCGCCUCGCUCCAGAACUACUUCCACUUCGACUUCCUGCAGCAGAAAGUCAGCGGGCUGGAGAAAGAGAACGUGAAACUCCGCACAGAGGCUACCGACUUGGAAGCUGAAACGACAAACUAUGAAGAGCAGGAGCAGCAGUUAGUGAUCGACUGCAUACAGGAACUGACGUUGACCAGCAAGCAGAUGGCAGUGCUGUCGGAGGAGCUGUCCUGCAAGGUGGAGGACACAGUGAGGCAGCAGGAGGAGAUCAGUCAGCUGCUGGCCCAGAUUGUGGACCUCCAGCAUAGGGCCAAGAUGCUGUCGACAGAAAACGAAGAGAUGAAUCAGCAUUUGUGCGCCGCCAAAGAAGUCCAAGGCCAACUGAAAUCGGAGCUCAGCGAUCUCCAGGAGAAGUAUUCAGAGUGUGAGAGCAUGCUCCAUGAAGCGCAGGAGGAUAUUAAGAACCUGCGGAACAAAAGCCUGCCCAACAGCACCAUCAACCACUACAGCACACUCAACAUCUUCCCCAUGGACUCCCUGGCUGCGGAGAUCGAGGGCACCAUGCGCAAGGGGCUGGACAGCCCUGCGCCCCCCGAGUUCAAGAAUCACCACAAGCGCGUGUUUGAGACGGUCAAGGCUGUGAACCAGAUGGCCAGGCUGCGCUCCCACUGUCAGUCCCCUGGUUCCAGUCAGUCCUCUGCUGUCCCCUCCACCCAGUCCAGCCGGCUCAGCACACCUCGGACCAGCUGCUACGGCUCGGACAACGCCAGCGUGUUCCUGGAUGUCAAGCCACCGAGCAACCAGCCAGCGCCCAACGCCAAACACUCCGAGGGGCAGGAUAAGAGGCUGGGGCAGCCUGGUACUCCGGGGGGUCACGACCUGGAAGUGGCCCUGCGUCGGCUGUCCGUGCGGCAGGAGAGUCAUGCCUCCGAGCGGUCUUUCUUUGACGUGGAGCGCGAGCUUAAGCUGAGGGCCCUGCCGGCCGACACGGACGCCUCUAGCGGCUUCCUCACCCCCAAUGAGAGCGUCCUGUCCACUGGCACCAACUACUCGGGCAGCUCCGGCCACACAGGGGGCUCCGGCUUCUCCACUGGCUCCCGAUCCUACCUCCCGGACCGGCUGCAGAUCAUCAAGCCACUGGAAGGUUCGAUGACCCUACACCACUGGCAGCAGCUGGCCCAGCCCAACCUGGGCGUCAUCCUGGACCCUCGGCCCGGAGUGCUGACCAAGGACUUCCGUCAGCUGGACGUCGAUCUGCAGGAGGUGUACAGCCUCAAUGACCUGGAAGAGGACGAGGUGGACCUGGGCUCGUUCAGGGCACUGGCCAGCUCCUCCCCACUGUCCGGCCGCCACUCCAGCACAGUGUCUCAGUCCAGUAACAACCUGCCCCAGACCCCGCCCACCAACACCAUCACCACCUGUCGGAUCAUGCAUCCCUCAGUGGAGCACACUUCUGUCACUCCGAGCCUUCUUAAUAGAGGUCUGCCCUCUUGUGGCAGCUUUGGGAAGCUAAACGCUGCCCAGGCUGGCCCCCAGCCCAGGAUUUUCCGCUCGGAGUCCUCCACUAACCUGCGGGAGCACACCAAGACGCUCAGCACUUCCCUGGGGCUCGUUCGGCUGCUGCAGGACUGCGGGAUCUCAGCUGCCAUCUACACACCAGCCGCCGGGGAAGAGCUAAGUGGUGCCCACUUCGGAGGAACCUGUCCUGGCAAGAGACAAUCAGAUGAGACACUGAGACCAGCUACCUCCCCCUUCACACUGAAGUGUAACAGUCCGCUCGUUAAGAUUUUCCCAGGCUCACGGCUGGCUAGGUCUGUUCUAGAGUCUGUGCACCAGGACUUGGGAAUUGCAAGAAAAGAGAAUAUUUUCAGUUUCAACUUAGUGGAGAAGUUGCAGGGCCUGGGAUUGGACAAGGUGGUGGCGAGAGGAGUGAUUUCAUCCAAGCCGCUGAACGCAGGGUGUCAAACUCAGGCAACAGGCUGAAUAUUUCUGUUGAUAUUUUGUCCUCCGGGGGAUGGCGUCGUAAUAAACGCACGGACUGAGCAAUAUUUAAAGAGGCACUUUUAAAAUACUGUAAUGUAUGUUAGUCUUCUCCAAUUAACUUUAUUUUUAAUAAUACAAUUAAAUUGUACAUAUGGAUCUUUUACACGUUAGCGUAUAUUAUUGUAUUGUUAAAUAGAAAAAAACACAGAAGUUUCAGAGACUAUAAAUGAAUUGCAAGCCACACAUUUCAGUCCUCAUGUCAUUUGAAUGUCCGUGUAAUGUAAUAUUAUAAAUGCUAAAUCGAGGCAUCACAGUGGUACUGGAGUCAGAAACUAUCCGAAUGGAGGAAAAUAGAAAAGAAACGGUAAUAUUUCAGGGUUACAGAUCUCUGUUUCUAAAGAUAUUAUCAGAGGUCAUGGAAAAGUAAGCAUGGGAAAUAAUAACUAGUUUUUAAAGCAAUGUAAUUUUAAUAUUGCUAAGCCACUCAACAGCAAUGGCUCUGCAGCAGCCCCCAAAUCCUAAAACUCUUCUUGUGUUUGUGCCUUAUUGUGCUGAACAGUCUAUCAAGGGUAAGUAGGGGACAGGUUGGUGGUAUGGGCAUGUAUAUAAAGGAAGCAUCCUGGUUGAUUUGCAGCUUGCAGAUUGUACCAGAUUGCUAGUGCACCCUUUAAAUGUUGCUCUUGAAUUUUCCCCACCAAAAGAAAAGAAAAGAGACAUUUCCCUGAGCAAAUGCUUCAAGAGGAUCGGAUCGGAAUUAACCUUGCGAGAGCCUUGAACUCUCCCUACGCUUAAAAAAAAAAGAAAGAAAGCAGCGAUACCUGUUUCAAAUCUGCAGAUCAGCAUUUAAUAUGUAGCGUGUUUUGUGUUUUUAUUUUUUUACCCAGUUGCCAAGAAAAACACACUUCAUUUUCGAACUGAUUCCUCUGUUCACCAAAAAUCAGGACGGACUAAUGCACUGCAAUCCUCUCAUUUGGCUCAGGGGGCUUCAAGUUUGUUAGCCAGUGGAGAAUCAGGGAGAGUGUGGAAAAAGCACUUAGACUGCAUUACCUUUUGGUUCCAGUAGGAGGCUCCUGUGUCAAAACAGGAACACGGAAGCAUGCAGAGCAUUGUUUUAUAUUAAAACAUACGGGAGGUGUAGGAGGAUUAAACUAGAAAGAUGGUCUUUUUUAUAUAAAGGGGAGCUCUUUGACACACUGGGUCCUGCUGUGUUUCACUACUUAAUCGACAAUUGCACAUUUCAAUUUAGGAAGGCAUUAUUUGGCAUUUUAUUUAUUAAACCCACUUCUUUAACAACUGUAUAAAGAAGAGGAUGGUAGCAGACGUGUGCAAUACUGUCAAUUGUUCAAAAUCACAUUUUUUUUAAAAAUCAGAGGCUGUUUUAUGAAAUCUGUAUCAUUCCUAAGUUUUUUUGAUAUUUCAAUAACGUGUAUAUCAUACAGUAUAAAGUGUUUUCUUGUGUGUGUGUGUGUGUGUAUAUAUAUAUAUAUAUAUAUAUAUAUAUAUAUAUAUAUAUAUAUAUAUAUAUUGUUUAAGCCACAACCCUGUUAGUCUGCAUGUGUUAAAACAAAAACAAAUUGAAGAGAAGGGCUGUGAAAGAUUAAUUAAUGUGGAAAAUGAACCUGGGAUUUUAUUCAAACACCGCACCUUAGAUAUUUCAUUAGCGCUACCGAAAAAAACAAGCAAUCUGUACCUUUUUUAUAAUUAAAUCCUGUCUCAAUCCCACAAGGUUAACACCUGAAUAUCUUCUACACUUCCUCAGAGUUCUGAAGUCAUUCGUUUUGCAUUCAGCCCCCUGUUAGUUCAUAUGGAUUGAAUGACCAGAAUUCAUUCCAUCCUUCUUUGUAACAAAGGUUGCUCACAUGUAUAAGGCAUGUGUUCAUACCCUCUUACUCCCCCACCAGGAGAUUGUCAGACGUGUUAACUCAUGCAUGAAUGCAUGACAAUUUUUUUUUUUUUAUAAAGAUCUGUAUUCAAAUUAUUUUAAAUGGUCAGCAAGAUUUCAAACCAUCUACAGUGUGUUGGAACAGAGUUGCAGACAAACAGUAACCUAAUGUAAAGAAAGGGAGAAAUAUUUUUGUUUGUCAUGUACACUGUAAACAUUUGUACAAAUCAAUAAAGGUUACGCAUACAAACAUG